ACCAGCGGCAGCGCCGGGCCGGGCUGCGCGGAGGAGGCGGCUUCCCGGCCGGGGCGGCGGCAGGGGCGGCCCCGAUCACAUGGGCGGAGGCAGGUCCGGGCCCCGGGCGGCUCUCCGCAGAGCCGGGCAGCGGCGGCGGCGGCAGCGGGAGCCGCGGCGUCUCCUCGCCCUCCCUCCCUCCAUCCUUCCCUCGCCUCCCGGACCGGCCGCCCCGCCCGACAGGCAUGGUGCUGACGGUGGACGUCAUGGGGCCGGCGCCCUGGGGCUUCCGGAUCACUGGGGGCAGGGACUUCCACACGCCCAUCAUGGUGACCAAGGUAACGGAGCGGGGCAAGGCCGAGGCAGCUGACCUCCGGCCUGGCGACAUUAUCCUGGCCAUCAACGGGGAGAACGCACAGGGCAUGCUCCACGCCGAGGCCCAGAGCAAGAUCCGCCAGAGCCCCUCGCCCCUGCGGCUGCAGCUGGACCGGUCCCGGGCUCCUGGCCUGCAGGCCUGCGGCAGGGUGGGCCGAGGGGUGUCCCUGUGCCUGGCUGGGCGUGUAGCCACAGGUAGGGCAGGCUGGCAUCAGCCACCUGGAUGCCCGGGUUUGACUGGUUCCCAAGUGUGUGGGCCACGGGGCGUGGGCAUGAAGUGGGUUGGAGAGGGAAAGGUGUGCCUUAGGCUGGGCCUCUGGGGCCUCUGCCUCCAAGAGGUCGUGACCUUUGUUCAGGUAGGGCUGGGGGGAGGGAGGGGAGGAGUGUGGUGGUUCACUCCCCCUCUCAUGGCCCUCCCUCCAUUGCUUCUCAAGGCCUCGCUGGUGAAGGCCGGUUUCCGGCUAGUGGGGUUUGCAGCCUGCAGCCCUGGAUUGGGGAAAGGGGGGGACAGGUGGUUCCCCAAGGUGGGGCAUCGUGGUGAGUCACCGGAAAGGAAUCCUGGGAGAUUCCCUCAGCCAGGAGAGCCCUUCGGGAGGGCCUUGAACCUGAGUCAGGUUCUUCCUCUCUGCCCUGCGAUGCUCUCCCUUGGCCCUGACCCCGUGCCCUCUCCUGGCCCUCCCGCCCCACAGGCUGUAGAAACUGGCUCCCACAAUGCCCUGGGCAGCCCCAGCCCCUCCAGUGACUCCUCCUUGCUCCUCUGGCCUAAGAGUGUUGCAGGAGUGGGACCAAAGGAGGAGGAGGGUGAGGAGUACCUCCUGGCAUCUGGGAAGGGGACCAAAAUCUACAAGAGGCUGCGGAGUGGAGCGGGGGGAGGGUCAGGGAGCUGCUGACACCAUCACUUCCUCAGGGAGGUGGGCCAGGCUGAGUACCCCCAGGCCUCCAGCUCCAUGUUGGGGAGAGGGGGUCAAGGUUCCCUUUUUCUCUCCCGCCCCCCCCCCCCCCCCCCCCGCAAGCCCUCUCUUAAUCCUCCGUAAACACCCCCCUCCCCAUCCCCCAUGACCUUUCAGGCACUCAGAGCCCUGUGGCAGGAAGCAGUGCUCUGGGCUAGAGCUUCAACCCAAGCUCCCCUCACUCUGACGUCACAGCCGUACCCCCCACCCCCCACCCGCUGCCCCCAGAGGCUGAGGCUGAUGGGGUGUGAGUGACUGAGGUUUCUGCUGACCCCUCUGGAAGUGGCCAGACGGCAGGAAUGGUGCAGUGGAGAUGGGUCUUGGCAGGCGCUUCUCAGCCAGCCCUCAGCCCUCAGCGGCGUCCCUCAGGCUCCGGCUGGCUCUACAGAGAAGAGCUUUGGAGGACAGUGCUGGGGGGCUGAGCGGGAGCCCCUGGCUGACUGCCUUGGGGACUGGCUGGGGAGCCGGUCUGCGGGUCCUGCAGCUGCCUGCCUGGCAGGAAGGGGGGCAGCCCCACCCCUGCUUUACAGAGGAGGCGCCUGUGGAGGGGACCAGGACAGGCUCUCAGAGGCGUCCUCAGUGCUGAGCUGGGAGGGACAGGCCUCUGGCUGGGGACAGCGGGCAGCUGGCCCAGCCACUGCUGGGCUUAGGGCUUUGGGCCACUCUCUCUCUCUCUCUGGUGUCAGGUUCUCCAAGGCCAAAGAUACAGGGUUCUUUUAUAACAUCAGCAAUGUGCCCGCAAAUUGAUCUGCAAAUGGAUGCAAAUUGAUCAGAGACAAAGUCUGGAUAAAAU